CACACACACACAAAACCCUCUCUCUCUCUCUCUCUCAAAUAUAAAAAACCCUACUUUUCUCUUUUGGUACUUUGCUGAGCUUGCAGACCUCUCUCUCUCUCUCUCUCUCUCUGCAAUGUCCCAUUUCAAUUCAACUUCCUGCAAUCGGUUGGGUCACUGAGGACUUUGUGAGUUGUAGCUUUCCAGAAUUCGAAUUUGUUUUGCCCAAAUGAAGGAUUGAUAGGGUUUUGGUCUCGCGUUCAGCUAUGAAUCUCACUCCCAUUUUCGCCCGCUUCCUCUCUCUGCUGCUCUUGUCCAGCUUUGUGUUCUCGUCUCAGGACGAACUUCGCUCGCUAUUCGAGUUCAGGAAAGGGAUCCGAGGAGAUCCGCUCGGGAAGGUCUUCAACUCGUGGACUCCGUCCUCGGCCGAUCCACAAUCUUGCCCCAACUCCUUCUUCGGCGUUUCCUGCGACGACGCCGGAAACGUUACGGCCAUUGUGCUCGAGGGGCUCGGCUUAACCGGUGACUUGAAGUUCUUCACGCUCAAUGGGUUGAAAAUGCUGAAGAAUCUGAGUCUGUCUGGGAAUCACCUCUCCGGUCGGCUCGUUCCGGCCCUGGGGUUAAUGACCACUUUGCAGCAUUUGGAUCUGUCAGGUAAUCAGUUUUAUGGACCAAUUCCGGCUAGGAUUAACGAUCUCUGGGGACUGAGUUACCUCAAUUUUUCCUUGAAUAACUUCACGGGUUGGUUUCCUGGUGGAAUUCGCAAUCUGCAACAACUGAAGGUGUUGGACUUGCAUAGGAAUGGGCUUCGGGGGGACGUUCAGGAACUGUUUUCGGAGCUCCGAAAUGUGGAGCAAGUAGACUUGAGCUACAACAUGUUCUUCGGAUCCCUUUCGAUGGAUUUGCAGAACCUUUCGAGCUUAGCAAAUACUGUGCAGUACUUGAAUUUGCGCCAAAACAGGUUGAGCGGUGGGUUCUUUAAGGAUGAAGCUGUUUCAUUGUUUCGGAACUUGAGAGUUCUGGAUUUGGGUGAUAAUCUGAUAAGUGGGCAGCUGCCUUCUUUUGGGUCAUUGCCAAAUCUUAAAGUUCUGCGCAUGCAAAAUAACAGCUUGUAUGGGGUAAUACCAGAAGACCUGUUAGAGAGUUCGAUUCCUUUGGAAGAACUGGAUCUCAGUGGCAAUGGGUUUUUAGGUCCAAUCCAUGUGAUCAAUUCUUCAACCUUGAACAUUUUGAAUCUUUCAUCAAAUGUGCUAUCUGGUUCUCUUCCUUCUUCUGUGGGAAAAUGUGUCAAAGUGGAUUUAAGCAGAAAUAUGCUCACAGGUGAUGUAUCGGUUAUGCAAACCUGGGAAGCAGCUUUGGAGUUUCUUGAUUUAAGUUCAAAUCGGUUGUCAGGAAGCAUUCCUAACCUAACGUCACAGUUUCUGGGAUUGACGACCCUCAAUAUAGGAAAUAAUUCUUUACUCGGUGCCUUGCCACCAUUGCUGUUGACAUCUCCAAAGCUCUCUGCAGUUGAUCUGAGUUUGAAUGAACUUGAUGGGCCUAUUCCACCUAGUUUUUUUACAUCACUGACCUUGACAAGCCUCAACCUUUCAGGAAAUCAUUUGACAGGGUCAAUUACACUUCAAGAGUCACAUGCAAGUGGAUUGUUAGUUCUACCUUCUUAUCCACUGAUGCAGUCUCUUGAUCUGUCUAAUAAUUCGCUAACAGGUAUGUUGCCUCCUGAUAUAGGCAGCUUGGGUAGGCUUAAGUUGCUGAAUCUUGCUAAGAAUGGCUUACAGGGACCAAUCCCGGAUGAAUUAAGCAAGCUUACUGGCUUGGAGUACCUGGACUUAUCCAGAAAUAGUUUCAGUGGGAAGAUACCUGAUAAGCUUCCACCAAGUCUAAAGGUCUUUAACGUGUCUUACAACAAUCUCACAGGUCAGAUUCCAGAAAACUUGAGAAAAUUUCCUAAGAGUUCAUUUCAACCUGGAAACUCUUUCUUGAGCUUACCUGAUGGCGAGCCAUCCCAGAGUGACACUCCUGUUGAAGAUCCAAACAGAGGGAACCACCACAGCUCAAAAUCAAGUAUUAGAGUUGCUAUUAUUGUUGCCUCAGUUGGGGCUACUUUGAUGAUUGCCUUUGUUCUGCUUGCUUACCAUCGAGCACAACUUCAAGAUUUUCGUAUAAGAAGUGGGUUUAGUAGCCAACCAAGUGGCAGAGAUGUUAAACUAGGACGAUUUUCUAGGCCUUCUCUUUUCAAGUUCCAUACAGAUGCUGAUCCACCACCUUCUUCUUUAAGUUUUUCCAAUGAUCACUUACUAACCUCAAAUUCAAGGUCGUUGUCAGGGCAGAGAGAGUUCAGUACUGAAAUUGUUGAACAAGUUAUUCAUGAUCGAGGUGCUACUCAAUCAUCCCUGAAUCCCAAUCUACCAGAUGCUCGCCAAACUAUUUCUGAGAGAAAGUCUUCUUCAGAUUCCCCGGUGUCCUCUUCACCGCGUUUUAUUGAUGCAAUUGAACAGCGUGUCACACUAGAUGUAAAUUCACCAGAUCGAUUGGCCGGAGAACUGUUCUUCCUGGAUUCUUCUCUAGCAUUCACAGCUGAGGAGUUGUCACGAGCUCCAGCAGAAGUUUUAGGCAGAAGCAAUCAUGGCACUUUAUAUAAAGCUACCCUGGAUAGCGGGCAUAUGUUGACUGUGAAGUGGCUGAGGGUGGGAUUGGUCAAACACAAGAAAGAAUUUGCCAAGGAAGUUAAAAAAAUUGGAUCAAUCAGACAUCCCAACAUUGUUCCUUUACGAGCUUAUUAUUGGGGACCAAGGGAACAAGAGAGACUUAUUUUAUCAGACUAUAUACAGGGAGACAGCUUGGCCCUGCAUCUUUAUGAGACAACGCCUCGGAGGUACUCCCUGCUUUCAUUCACCCAGAGGUUGAAAGUUGCUGUGGAUGUUGCUCGGUGUCUGAUGUACCUUCAUGAUAGAAGCCUACCGCAUGGAAACUUAAAGCCUAGUAAUAUACUCCUGGCAGGGCCUGAUCUGGAUGCUCUUGUUACUGAUUAUGGACUACACCGGUUGAUGACACCAGUUGGCAUUGCCGAGCAGAUACUAAACCUGGGAGCACUUGGAUACCGUGCUCCCGAACUAGCUACUGCAGCCAAACCGCUGCCUUCAUUUAAGGCUGAUGUAUAUGCAUUCGGUGUGAUCCUAAUGGAGUUGUUGACGAGAAGAAGUGCCGGUGACAUUAUAUCGGGUCAAUCAGGUGCUGUCGAUCUUACUGAUUGGGUUCGGCUAUGUGACCAAGAGGGACGAGGAAUGGACUGCAUCGACAGGGACAUUGCUGAUGGGGAGGAGCACUCGCAAGCAAUGGAUGAAUUGCUCGCAAUAUCGCUAAGGUGUAUUCUCCCUGUAAAUGAAAGGCCUAACAUCAGACAAGUCUUCGAGGAUCUCUAUGCUAUCUCAGUUUGAAAGUGGCGUACAUGUCUUGGAAUCGGUUUUUUCUUUCCUUGACUUGUUCUUCUCUCUCUGUUUUCUUUCAUCCUUUAUAAUUGGUUUUCCUUCCUCCUAAUGUUGUCUAAUCCUCCUCCUCUCAUUCUUUUCUCAAAUUUUUGUGUAAAUGAACCGUCGACCCCCCAUAGUGAUUGUUAAUCCCAGUUUGAUCUUGCAAGUGAAAUGAUUGCUAUUCAUUUGUUUUUUC